UUUUGUGAAAUUUUUGACCUUCUAGUUCGGACAUUGAACAUAAGGAGCGCUCUUCUUCGAUGCGCCCCACCAGCAAAAUCACCCCAAGCAACUGGUCUUUAGUUCAGGUAGUUAGUAGAAGUUGGUAAUCGCAAGAAUAAUCAUCUGCGGAACGAAAUUGCAUGUUCGUCAAUGCAAUAACACAGACGCAAGGUCACAUUGACAAAUCGAGAGCGAACUGUACGAUUUGUAUCCAAGCAGAAUUUAUUCUGACCAGGUGAAAGCUGCAAGAAUCAUUUUACCAUUCGCGUUCGACCGUUAAAAUCAAAAUGGCGACAGAACUGUAAGAUCGGUGCGUGUCUGUGAAUAAGUGUUGUUAUUGUUGUUGUUUUUUUUUAAACAAUAAGGUGAAUUGUAGAAUAACAGUGUGUUUUCGAAUUAACGUUUAAGCUGCAAAUUGUAAUUGAAACAAAUAAAAAGUAAUGCUUGCGCUCUGAAUAUUUAAUUACGUUUUAAUUAUUAAUCCUAGAAUAUUAAAAAAAAGUGUAUAUCAACGUACACUUGAGAAGUGCAAAGGAAACUUAAUACUGCAGUAUUAUUUUAUCGAGCUCGAAAGAACAGUCUUUGUUAUUAUUUUGGAAGACUUUGAUAAAAUAUGGGUCGGAGAAAAUCUAAAAGACAAGCACCGACAAGGAAGAAGGCCAUCGAACCGCUCGAUCAGCAGUUCAACUGUCCGUUCUGCAAUCACGAGCAGUCUUGUGAAGUGAAAAUGGACAAGGGAAGAAAUACGGCCAGGAUAUCGUGCAGAGUUUGCAUGGAGGAUUACCAAACGACUAUAAACAUGCUCUCUGACCCUAUCGACGUUUAUAAUGAUUGGAUAGAUGCCUGUGAAACGGCUAAUUGAUUUUGUGAUAUUAUGUAAAAUAAAUAUUGAAAUUUUAACUUUA